AUGGCGCCUCGUUUUGGGAAUAGAUCCUCCCGGCCUGUCACACUAUCAGCUGAGCCACCAACUCCAGAGCCUUACCACCCGAUCAACUCCUUUCUUGAGAAGUUCUCACCUCGUGUCAGAAAGCUUGUCAUGUCCCAACGCACGACAUCAAGUCACCUCAUUGCACCGAAUGAUGAGAAUGAGUCUGUCGAUGUCGCCACUUUGUCCCAGGACAUAUCUGCCAGAGACAUCAACCCUGCGAAGCUUACCUCCUUACUGCGAGACAAGUUUGGAAGUGGUUCAUACAAUGUGCAUAGCUCGUCGGGUCUAGAUGAUGCACAAUAUGUACAUGAUACGAGCUCCGCGACGUCUUUCUGUAGUAAGCCGCUUUCCAAUCGUGAUGUUGAGGCCGAAUCUAAAGCAUGCAGACCGAAAUCGCGCAGUGUUCUUGAUCUUUUCUUCAUACAUACAUAUGAGUAG